AUGUUUCCAUGUGGACAUCUCGCUGAAAGGAUAGAUUUACGUAUAUUUCUCACUGUUGGGAUGGUGGCAAGCGGAUUCACUACCAUAUUGUUUGGUUUGGGAUACUAUUUUGACAUACACGUAUUUGCAUAUUACCUUAUUGCUCAGGUUCUGGCUGGUUUUGCGCAGGCAACUGGUUGGCCUGCCGUCGUUACUAUCCUAAGUAAUUGGUUUGGCAAGGCUAGGCGAGGCCUUAUAAUGGGUGUAUGGAAUGCACAUACCAAUGUUGGAAAUGUUCUUGGCUCCAUACUUGCUGGCAUUUUUGUGAAUUAUCAAUGGGGGGCAUCUUUCGUAGUCCCCGGUUUCCUUCUUGCUUCUGGCGCUUACAUAGUCUAUAUUGUCCUGGUUGAUCGCCCUAGUUCGGAACUUGACGCUGCAUCUAUUUCGAAGGAUGCUGUCGAGCUACGUCGGAAAUCUCCCGCUGGAUAUUACGGGGAUGUCAAGGUGGCACUCAUUGUCCUACGACCCUUUGAAUGGAUCCGUUCAUGUGUCCCAAUUCCGGUUAAAACUCUAUCAGAUUUGAAUUAUAAGGAGAAACCGAUAUCAUUUUUCGCCGCCCUUUGGCUGCCAAAUGUUAUGGCAUAUGCACUGGCCCUAUUCUUUUCAAAGUUAGUAGCCUAUACCUUCCUCUAUUGGCUUCCUAAUUUCCUGGCAAGCGUAUCCAAUGAGAGUGUCUCUGCAGAAAAGGCUGCCUGGCUGUCGACAAUUUUCGAUAUCGGCGGAAUCUGUGGUGGUAUUCUUGCCGGACUACUUAGCGACACGGCAUCUUCCGACUCCACGGUAACCUCUCUUCAGGAGUCAUCCUUACGGACAAUCUAUUUUCGGGCGGUAACUUGUGCAUCCAUGCUCCUCAUCGCUGCCCCUUCUUCCGGUUAUCUGGGGAUUUCGAUUUCAGAUCAUUUUUGCUAUCCUCCCGGUUUUGCAAUCGUCCUCUUUAUUUGUGGUGGUCUGGUAACGGGACCUUGUGCUCUGAUUACAACGGCCGUCUCUGCUGACCUUGGAACUCAACCGAGCCUUCAGGGUAAUUCCAAGGCCCUAGCCACCGUCACGGCGAUCAUUGACGGAACCGGAUCCCUUGGAGCGGCACUGGGACCGUUUCUCACAGGUAUUUUGGUAUACCAUGGUUGGUUCAGCGUCUUCCUGAUGCUCAUUUCCGCAGACCUUGUGGCACUUACGAUCACCCUUGUAAUUGCAUGCAAAAAUCGCAACAGCGCCUACGAACUGGGUGUCUUUAACCUUCGAUCCCUAUUUUCGUUAUGA